CACUGCACAAACUAUAAUUUAUUCUACCUGUUGCAUUACCAUUUGCGCUUGCGCCCAAAUGUUAAAAUUAGCAUAUAAAUUAAGUAAAGAUCAGUUAAAAUUACGUUUUAGUUAAAGUGUGGUGCAAGUGGUACAUUUAAAUACAAAAUAUCAAGCCGCAAAAGGUACUGAUUGACAUGGUGCUGCGGUGCACUCCACCCCUGCCCAUGCAGGGCCACCAUUUUUAAUUUCUUUGUUUAUUUUGUGUUCCAUCUUCGUCGCAGUGUCGCAGUGUCAGCAACGAUCGCAGCCGAAUUUGAAUGCAUAAACAGAAAAUUCGGAACGAGCAUAAAAGGAAAAUCAAGAAAAUAAACGCACAUAUUAUUGAUGUUAUCAAUUAAAAUAAAAAUAGACAAUAAUAGUUACAAAAUGAAGUGAGUGCAGAAAGAUACACAAUAUGGCCAGCAAUGGGGCUGGUGGUGGAUGUGUGGCUGCUGCAGGCGGCGUUGGUGGCGGAGCCAUCAAUCAUACUCAUGCCGUUUGCGUCUGGGAAUAUGAGUCGCGCGGUGGCAAAUGGCUUCCCUAUUCGCCGGCUGUGUCGCAGCACUUGGAGCGUGCGCAUGCCAAGAAACUGACGCGUGUUAUGCUCAGCGACGCCGAUCCCAGCCUGGAGCAAUACUAUGUGAAUGUGCGGACCAUGACCCAAGAGUCGGAUACCGAAUCAGAGGCUGGCGGUCUAUUAACAAUUGGCGUGCGGCGCAUGCUCUAUGCGCCCAGCAGCCCGGCGGGCAAGGGCACCAAGUGGGAGUGGUCCGGCGGGGGCAGCGCGGACAACAAUUGUGAUUGGCGGCCAUACAACAUGCAUGUGCAGUGCAUCAUUGAGGAUGCGUGGGCGCGCGGCGAGCAAACCUUGGAUCUGUGCAACACGAACAUCAGCCUGCCAUACACCAUCAACUUUUGCAACUUGACGCAAAUGCGGCAGCCGAGCGGCCCCUUGCGCAGCAUACGGCGCACACAACAGGCGCCGUAUCCGUUGGUCAAGCUGACGCCGCAGCAGGCGCUGCAGCUGAAGGCCAACAACAAUGGCCAUGACUAUCAGCAGAGAAACAAUAAUACGCUGCCCAAAAUGGGCGCCAUGCUGCCGCCCAUGCAUCGACAGCAGCAUCCACUGCCCACGCAUGGACAUCAUCAUCAUCAGCAUCAGCAACAUCAGCAUCAGCAACAUCAGCAUCAACAACAUCAGCACCAACAACACCAGCAGCAUCAACACACACAGCAUCAGCAGCAGCAAUCACGCAAGCCGCACAAGAAACACAGCGAAAUAUCCACCACAAAUCUGCGCCAGAUCCUCAACAACCUGAACAUCUUUGGUAGCAGCACCAAGCACAGCAGCAGCAACAGCAACAACAACGGCGGCAGCAAUCAUCUGGCGACAGCAGUCGGCAGCUGCAACUCGAAUGUAGCUGGCUCCACGCUGCAUUUGAUGCAGCAUCAGGCGCACUUCUCGCACAGCAGCAAGAGCAUGCUGACCUCCUCGAUGAAUAGCCAUCAUAGCCGAUGCUCCGAGGGCUCGCUGCAGUCGCAGCGCAGCAGUCGCCUGGGCUCGCACCGAUCGCGCUCGCGCACGCGUGUCUCAGACACCGAUACGAAUAGCGUCAAGUCGCAUCGGCGCAGGCCGAGCGUUGACACCGUCUCCACGUAUCUCAGCCACGAGAGCAAGGAGAGCCUGCGGAGCCGCAAUUUUGCCAUAUCUGUGAACGAUCUGCUCGACUGUUCGUUGGGCAGCGAUGAGGUGUUUGUGCCGUCGCUGCCGCCUUCGUCGUUGGGAGAGCGGGCGCCGGUACCGCCGCCGUUGCCUAUGCCACAUCAUCAUCAUCAGCAGCAGCAACAGCAGCAGCAGCAGCAACAGCAACAACAGCAGCAGCAACAGCAGCAGCAACAACAGCAAUCAAUCGCUGGUUCGAUUGUGGGCGUGGACCCAGCCAGCGAUAUGAUAUCGCGCUUUGUCAAGGUUGUCGAGCCGCCGCUGUGGCCAAACGCCCAGCCCUGCCCCAUGUGCAUGGAGGAGCUGGUGCACUCGGCACAAAAUCCUGCCAUAUCGCUGAGUCGCUGCCAGCAUUUGAUGCAUCUGCAGUGCCUCAAUGGUAUGAUUAUCGCGCAGCAGAAUGAGCUUAAUAAGAACCUGUUCAUCGAGUGCCCCGUGUGUGGCAUUGUCUACGGCGAAAAGGUGGGCAAUCAACCCAUUGGCAGCAUGUCCUGGAGCAUCAUAAGCAAAAGUUUGCCCGGCCACGAGGGCCAGAACACCAUACAGAUUGUCUACGACAUUGCUUCGGGCUUGCAGACCGCUGAGCAUCCGCAUCCGGGACGCGCUUUCUUUGCCGUUGGGUUUCCGCGCGUUUGCUAUCUGCCCGACUGUCCGCUGGGACGGAAGGUGUUGCGCUUUCUCAAGAUCGCGUUCGAUCGUCGACUGCUGUUCUCGAUUGGACGCUCGGUGACCACGGGGCGUGAGGAUGUGGUCAUUUGGAAUAGUGUGGAUCACAAGACGCAGUUCAAUAUGUUUCCAGAUCCCACCUAUUUGCAGCGCACCAUGCAGCAGCUGGUGCAUCUGGGCGUUACGGAUUGAAUCUAACUGCCAGCAACUACUACAACAACAACAACUACAAACAGCAACAUUAACAACAACAACAAAAGUACU